AUGGCGGCCCCCGCAGUGCGACCACAGCGUCCCAUCUUCUCCAUGAAGACUCCUCAAGCAGCAACUUCAGCCAAAGCCUUAUCGCAGGUCUUCUGGCCGUUGCUUCGCAUUGUCAUAUCUUUCUCCUUAUUGUUCAUUGACAAUACCAUUCUCGUGGUGGUCGCUGCACUCUCCCGUUUGCGCGCUGCAGCCAACCGGCGCCAGGCAGCAACACGCGAUGUUCAUUUCUACCCAAAGACAGUCCUUAUCACUGGAGUUGGCACGCCACAUGGCCUCGCUCUAGCUCGUGCUUGGGAUGCACAGGGUCACCGUGUGGUUGGGGCAGAUGUCGCCGAUUUGAAUCUCCCAGUUCGGUCGGGCGGCGGUAUGUCCAACACCCUCGUGGCAUUCUACCGAGUUCCCAAGGACCACUACAUCUCCCGACUUCUGGACAUUAUACAACGGGAAAAGAUCGAUAUCUGGAUCCCGUGCUCGCCCAAGGCUACUGCCAUUGAAGAUGCGACCGCAAGACAGGUGGUCGAGAGCCGCAGUACUUGCAAAUGCAUCGCUUUCGACCCCGAAUUGACAUCACGCUUGAUACGACCCGAGUCUUUCAGGCAGUUUCUCGCUGACCGGGACCUUCCAGUACUGGAUCGCCAUCAGGUGCAAUCACGCGACUCAAUCCAUAAGAUUCUGAAUCGAUCGCCGGCCAAAUCUUAUUAUAUGCGACGGGUCAGCUCGAGUGCCAACGAGGCUGCCGUCAUCCUGCCAAAGCGUACCCUCAGCAGGACCUAUUCCGAAGUCAGCGAGAUCACCAUCUCUAAGGAUGUCCCAUGGAUCAUGCAACAGCAGACUCGACUCGGAGAAUUCUACGCAGAUCUUUUGCUGGUGCAUGGCCACGUUCAUGCCAUCAAGGUUCGGAUGGUGGAAACCCGAGCACCUCAUUGGGGCGCCUCGCGGAUGGAUGAAGCAUUAGCGACAGCCAUACAUCGGCUGAUGCAGAGGUUUGCGUUGAAAGGAGGUAUUAGGAUGACCGGGCAUCUAUCAGUGAGACUGCUAGUUGAUGAGGAAUUUGAACAUACGUCGGUUCGUCAUACAAUCCAUAUUGCCGACUGCGUUCCUGGUGCUAGUGCUAUCGAGAACUUACUCCGCGAUGCGCGCUGCCCUGUCGAUGGCUACGUUGAGGUGCUUUCAGUCGAUCCCACGGAACCGGCAGCAUGGAAGGUGGCAGCGACACUAUCGCCAACACCUCGGCCGUCAUCAACUUUUAUGGAACUUGUCGAAAACAUUCUCGCUGGUUUCCUUCCCCGGUUCUUUCCCCUGGAUCUCAUCAAAAGCACCCUCGCCGCCCUUGAAGCUGAAUUGAUCCCUUUCUUGUUCUGGAAAGACCCUCGGUUCUCAUCUCACGAUCCUCUUCCUUGGUGGUGGCAUAUCCAUGUAUAUCAACCGAUGCGUGAGAUUUGGUUAUUGGUGAAGCAGAUUCGCGAGGCUGGAAUGUCUGCUGGUUCCAGGGCCCGGUAA